AAUGUUAUGCUUUUUGAGACAAGCUCUCUGUAGCUCAGGAUAACUCAAUAGGUAUCCCAGGCUGGUCUGGAAUUCACUAGGUAGCAGAGGUCGGCCUAGAACUCUUCAUGAUCCUUCAGCUUCAGUCUUCUGAGACUGGCAUGUACCAGCAAAACACCAUAUUUGAAAUGAUAUAUUUUCCCCAGUUGAUUGUAUGUUCCACAAGUAUAUUAUCUUUUACUCACCAGUAAGAGCUCAUGCCUAUUAUAGUACAUUUCACCUUGUAGACACCUUGUAAAUAAUGGAUGAAUGAAUAUCAUUGUCUCUCUUUGGGAAAUGUUGGCCCAACUUCUGAAGCAGCAUCAAUCAGUGUAUGAGUAUGAAUUGUUAAUAUGCCAAAGAGUUGACUCAUUAUUUUUGGAGAUUGUCUUCUACUUAAAUGAAGAAGACCUUUAAAUUUAUCUGUUUUCCCAUUUAUGUAACUUGUUCCAUUCUAGAUACACAUAUGUUCUGGUGUAGGAACACUUACCAUUUAUAAAAAAAUGAAUUCACAUAAGCUAGCUUUUACCUGGUGUCAGCAAUAGUCUUUUAUUAGGAGAAGGCACGAGGAAGGUACCAAACAGCAGCAGGCUUUUAACCUUCAGGCAGGUGUGACUCUUGAACUUACUUUUUCAUUUACUUCAUCCUCCAAGGCGUGCAAUCACUUGGUGUGCCCACUUCCCUUUAAAGUGCAAGAACAACAAAAGGGCAGCAUGAGUAAGUGGAGUGCCUUAGACCAGCUCCUAGAAAAGUCUCAACCCUACUCCAGAGCUGGAGGAAAGAUAUGGCUGCAGAUCCUUUUCGUUUUCCGGAUUCUGCUCCUGGAGACUGCCAUCGAGUCAGCCUGGAGUGACGACCAGCUCAAUUUCCAUUGCAACACUCAGCAGCCUGGUUGUGAAAAUGUCUGCUAUGACCAAGCUUUCCCAAUCUCUCACGUGCGCCUCUGGGUCCUACAGAUCAUAUUUGUGUCUGUGCCUACACUCUUAUACCUGGCACAUGUGUUCUAUACCAUUCAGCAGAAAAAGAAGUCGAAGAAGCAAGAGAAGGAAGUUGGAGUUGCUCGAUUUGAUGGUGCCAGUGUGGAAAUGCACUGGCAGAAAAUUGAAGUAAAGAAGUCCAAGUGUGGCAGUGAAGCCCAUAGGAAGGUGAAAAUUAGAGGCAGGUUGCUGCUGACCUACAUACUCAGUAUCUUCUUCAAGUCUGUCUUUGAGGUGGCCUUUGUGCUGAUCCAGUGGUACAUUUAUGGAUUUACCCUGAAGGCCGUUUACAUUUGUGAACACUCUCCUUGCCUGCAUCAGGUGGACUGCUUCCCCUCUCGCCCCACAGAAAAAAGCAUCUUCAUCCUCUUCAUGCUGGUGGUGUCCCUGGUAUCUUUAGUCUUGAAUAUAAUUGAGCUGGUCCAAGUCUUAUUUAACACCAUUAAGAAUUGUGUGAGAGAUGAGGAUGAGUUUUACUAUGGUACAGCUGAUCUACAGAGCCUUUCCCAGGAGUCCUCACCAAGUGUUCUCACUACCAUGAUUCCUAAGGAUCAGGUGGUUCCUGUGAAACAAUCUUCAGUCUAUGUUUAAAGUGAGCAAAACUAUGUCAGUUACAGUAUGUAACAGAGUCAAAGCGGGGAAGGGCAGGCAGGAAGUAUCCUUUCUGCCUUGCACUCAGCCUUGUCUUCACUCUGAUGAUAAGCAGAAUUUUCAGAGGGUUUGGAUGGAGAGAAAAGCAAAACAAAGAUACUGAACACUAGUGUUGUAGAGUAGCAGAUAUCCAGCAGUAGCAGUGGUCAUGACAAUAGCAGCCUGCUAUCCUAGAUAUUGCAAUUUGGGCUUGAAAACAUUGUGAUUUUGCUUGGUUGCUAAAGGGAAUCAAAGUGUAGUAGAAAGUGUACCCAUGCUUCAGUACAGAUGGUGUUCAAUGGCCUCAAUUGUAAAAACUAGCAAAUACAAAGACAUUAGACCACAGGGUCUGGGAUAGGAAGGGGAAGAGACUUGUAACCAAGGCAUGUGUUACUAUUUAAAGUGCUUGACUCUGGAGGGUUAGGCAUCUAGCUCACCGGUAGAUGAUUUGCCUAGCAUGUAUAAGACCUCAAGUAGCACAAGAAUAAAACAAUAGUAACUUUAACAAAUGAACUAAAUAAAUAAAAUGACUGACUCAAAGAACUUCUAGUCCAAAUAUAACUUGUAUUAGGCAGUGCAUAAGGGCCAUUCCUCUCCCAUAUUACCUUAGAAUGGUUCUGUGUAUGGGGAAGAGUGAUUUAUUAUUUAUCCAUAGAAGCAGAUACGGUGUAAAUUCACAAACCUACGUUUUAAAAUAAUACAAACAUACCAUUGAAAGUUGAGCCUUUCUCUUGGAUUUUAGUGUUUGAGUCCAUUCUGUGUUUAUACUGUUUAAUUCCUGAUGUAAAAGUAAAUUAUCUUUUCCCUUAAAAUGCAUCCCCCAAUUUAUUGAAUGAUGUGUAAUAGUUCAGUUAAUUGUGAUGAGUUGUCUUUUUCUCUUGUAUAUUAUAGCAGCAAUCCUGUUGCUGACAGAAACAAUUUAUUUUUCUUUUCCAAGAUAGAGUCAGAGCCCCAAAUGAAGCAAUUGUACUGAAACAGCACUUAUGAACACUACAAACUUAAAGAAAUGCUUAGAGGUGAACUAUGAAAUGUGCCUACAUGAAUUUGGCAAUAGUGGACAUUCUUGACUUUCUUCUACAUAAUGCAUAUUAAUUCAGAUGUUGCCUUCUGCUGUGAGUUUGGCAGUCUCUUGGGAUAACUGGCAUUUUUCAUGUUCAUAUUAAGAUUUUAUUUGGAAAGUAGGAGAGGGUGAGGAAGAUUUGUGAAAUAUCUGUGUAACUGAUUUGAAACAAAUAAAAGAAAUAAUACCCAUUUCUUCUCAUGCCUUUUGAAACAUUCCACAGAUGAUUGAAAAAUGUUGGGCUGCAGACUUUUGUUCUUGCAUGUCAGCUCCACACACAAUUUUAUUCAAGAAAUAAUAAUUUGGUUACCAUUUGAUGUUAAUCUACUAUCAUGUUCAGCUUUGUUUCAUGCAAUGCAGGCCUAUCUUAUCUUAUUCUAGAGAAUUCUUUAUUCAAUAAAGUUGUGAGAGUGUGGUCCAUGUGUAUGCCUCCUCUGAUAGCUUCUUACUGGUCUUUUGAACUCUUCAUUGGUGCAUCUUAAUUUAAGCAAAUUAAGCUGGGUGUGGUGGCUCAUGGAGGCCACACAAUUGCAGAGUGUUCAAGGCUAGCUUGGGCUACAGUGUGAGACACUCCCCUACCUCCUGCCCAUGAAGCAAAAUACACUGUAUUUACCACAGUUUUUAAAAUUCAGGUGGACUGACUCUGUGACAUGAUUCUAGUAUCAGCCUCCUUCAUUUCAUGUAAUAGAAUCAUGGCUAUAUCCAUGACUUCCAGAUAUGCAAAAAGAAUGCAGUUGGGUUUUUCCCCUUCCUUUUUAAGGGAUGUACUCUCAUCAUUAAGCAUCUUCCCAUCCCAGGGAACUGGGGGAAGUGGAGAACACAGGUAUAGAUCAUCAAACCUGUAGCUUAUAACGUCUGGUUCUGACAGUUGACACAGUCUUAUUUGGAAAACUUAGUCUCUUAGUUAAAUGAUGAGUUUUAGUUCUUCUUUUUAGAAGUGGUUUGUGAAGAUUAAGCAGUUAUUUAGUAAUGGGGUGCUUGUGCCUUUUGGACACUGCAAAAGUUCUGAAACCAUGGAAUCAGAUUGGGCUCUGCUACUGUCACUCCUGUUCCUGUUUCAUUUUCACAUGUGGCUUGCUUGUUUUUUUUACACUUUUUACUGUGAGGUAAUUGCAGAUUCAAACGUAAUUGUAAGAAAUAAUAGACUCUGUAUAUCAUUAUAUUCACUUGUAACUUUUUUUGAGACAGGCUCUUUCUAUGUAGCCUUGUUUGGUUCAGAAUUUGCCUUUAAGGAACUCCCUCUGUAGAUAAAGACUGGUCUUGAAUUUACAGAGAUCCAUCUGACUUUGCCUCCAUAGUGUUGGGAUUAAAAGUGUGUACCUCCACAUCUGGCCAAAUAAGUGUUUCUUAAGAAAGUCAUAGAACCAGGUAUCAUGUAUCCCAGUCUGGUCUUGAAGCUGUGGUGCUUUACUAUGAAGCUGAAGAUGACCUUGAACUUCUUCUGAUCCUCUUGCCUUCACCUUAGUGCUGGGAUUAUAAGUGUGUGUCACUAUGCCUGGUUUAUACAGUGCUGCAGAUUGGGAAUAUGGUGAUAUUUUAUUUGUACUGAAAUGUGAUUUUAUUUGUAUGUUAAUAAAUAAAGUUGCCUGGGGGUCAGAGCUAAUAGCAAGCCAUAGCAGAAGCUGGGUGGUGGUGGUGCAUGCCUUUAAUCCCAGCACUUGGGAGGCAGAGCUAGGCAGAUCUCUGUGUGUUCAAGAAUACAGCCAGCAUGGAGACACACGCCUUUAAUCUCAAUACCAACCAUAGAAGACCUGGAGGUCUGUACAGACAGGCAGUAAUGAGGAGGACAUGUGGUUGGGUUUACAACCAAUGAGAAGGCAGAAUAGAAAGUCUAUAAAAAAGACAAACAGACAAGAAGUAGCUCUCUUGCUGAAGAGGACAACAGCGGCAGUGAAGGGUAAGGUUUUUAGCUCUUAUCUAUUGCUCUGACCUCUUGGGCUAUUAACUCUGCAUUUGACUCUGUGUUUCUUAUUUAAUAAGACCGUUCAUCUACAUUGGCCCAUGACUUUGUGCAUGCCAAGCAAGGACUCUGCCACUGAGCUACACCCCCAACUUUUGCUGUAUUUUUUUGUUUGUUUGUGUUUUUAAAACAGGAUCUCUUGUAACACAUGCUGGUCUUGAACUGAGUAUGUAGUCAAGAGUGACUUUGAAUGUCUGACUUUUUUUCUGCUUCUACCUGCCAUUUACUAGAAAUAGAAGUGUACACCAUUAUACCUGUUAACUUUUAGCAUAAUAUCAUAGGUAGACAAUUGACAUUGACAUAAUCCAUUAACCUUCAGAUUUCACCAAUUUUAUAUACACUCAUUGUGUUUAGUUAUAUAUAACUUGUGUAGAGUUGUUUAUAAUUUGUGCAGAGUUGUGUGCCCACUAUAGUCAAAAUACACUGUAGUUUCAGCAGUAGUACCUUUUUAUAGUCAUAGCCACAUUUUUUCCUUAUCCCUGGCCCUUGGUAACUCCUAAUCUUUACUUAACCUAUAUAGUUUUGUCAUUUCAAGGAUGCUAUUUAAACAAAUUAUAUAGGCCAUAACACUUUUUAAGUUGGUUCUUUUGGCAAUUGUUGUUGUUUGUGUGUACUAUCGUGGUAUAUAUAUAUGCACCUGCCUGUGCAAGCACAUGUGGAGGUCGGAGG